GUUUGACCCCGGAGAUGCCGAAGAGACGAGACAUUCUGGCCAUUGUGUUGAUCGUGUUGCCUUGGACGCUACUUAUCACUGUUUGGCAUCAGAGUGCCAUCGCCCCUCUGCUAGCUGCUCGAAAGGGUAAAAGUCGUUCCUCAAUUUCCCUAUGUAGGGGGUUUUAUGGUUAGUCUCUUGAGUAGAGGAACACGUUUGAUUUACUUAUAUCUUUGCUUAUUCUGGGAUGCUCCAUUUAAUAUAGUACACUUAAAAGACAUGAUUAAAAAGAACAACGUCUACACAUGAUUUCCCACCUUAAUUUUUGGCAUUUUCCCACCACUUAUCUUUUUAUCAGAAUAUGCUGCAUUUUCUAUUGCAAAACUUUUAACACAAUGGAAAAAGGUUUUUGUUCAUAAUGAGCUGAACAUUUCAUCAGUGUCUGAAAGAAAUGUUAUUAAUGUCAUUUUGCUAUCAAUUUGAGCACUAUCAGUAGAAAAUUGAUUGUCCACAUAAUUUAUUAAUUUCUCUAAUCGGAUUCAAACCUUUAACUGACUCAUAUCAGUCUGACAUCUAACUAAUUACUUUAUAAGUUAGUGAUGAGUAUAUUAUGUUUAUCACAAGGAGAUUACAUGUCUAACAAAAGAGUAUGGAGUUAGAUUUCAGAACAACACAUUCAUUAAACCUUUUGACUGAAAUCUAACUCCAUAACAGACGAAGAAGACUAUUUGCACGAUUAGAUGUCUCCUCUCUCUCUACGAAGGCCAUCUCUAUGGAAACGUGCAGUUCCUAUACAGUCUAUAAACGUUUAUUAUACCAAAAACAGUUCAGAUUUUUUCCCCAUCGUAGAUGACAGACAUGAGAGUCGGCGAGACUCCCAGAACACCUUCACCCUCAAGGAGCCCUGCUCCUCGGAGAACAACAAGGACAUUGUGAAGGUGUUGCGCACCGAGUACAUCUACAGCCGCCAACCGCUCUGGUCUAAUGUCCUCCCCACCCUCCACGUCGUCACCCCAACCUACAGCCGGCCGGUCCAGAAGGCAGAGCUGACCCGUCUGGCCAACACCUUCCUCCACGUGCCCAACCUGCACUGGAUCCUGGUUGAGGACUCUCAGCGACGAACCCCGCUAGUCACCAGGCUCCUCCAGGAAACAGGCCUGAACUACACCCACCUUAACGUGGAGACACCCAGGAACUAUAAGCUGCGUGGGGACAUGACGGACCCCAGGAUACCCCGUGGAACCAUGCAGAGGAACCUGGCCCUGCGCUGGCUCAGAGAGACCUUCAGCCCCAACAACAGCAACAGCCAGCCGGGUAUCGUCUACUUUGCAGACGAUGACAACACCUAUAGUCUGGACCUGUUUGAGGAGGUGAGUGGAACAGGGAAAGAUGUUGUGCAGUACAGAAUUGUUUCCUCUUUUGCUACCAAAAUAGGCAACAAUUUUGGUUUCAGUGCGCACUAGUAUAAUUAAAUAAAGAGCAUUGCUCCUUACAAUAUGCCACUAGGCAAAUGCACAGCCUCAACACAUAGGCAUCACUUGACACCUGCCCUAAACAAAGUUUAUAAACAUGAAUUCCGAUAUUUGAACAUGAUACAAAUUAAAAUAGCUAUUUCCUCACAAAAAUGUAUAUAUUAUAUUGGAAAUGUAUACUUAUUGAUCACAUAGUAAUCCUUCUCCAUCCAUAGAAUGACAUAGAACACUUAUAUAGGAUCUCUAUGGGCUCUACCCUCUCUCUCCUUCCUCUUGUCUAGAUGCGUUCAACGAGGAAGGUGUCUGUGUGGCCUGUAGCCUUUGUGGGCGGCCUGCGCUACGAGUCCCCUAAAGUCAACACCAUGGGCAAGGUUUACGGCUGGAAGACUGUGUUUGACCCCAACCGCCCCUUUGCCAUAGACAUGGCUGGGUUUGCGGUGAACCUCCGCCUCAUUCUCUUUAAGCCUCAGGCCUACUUCAAGCUGCGGGGCGUCAAGGGAGGAUACCAGGAGAGCAGCUUACUGCGGGAGCUGGUCACCCUCAGCGACCUGGAGCCCAAGGCUGCUAAUUGCACUAAGGUGAGGAACUAAGAGUUGUCCUGUGUGGCUCAGUUGAUAGAGCAUGUUGCUUGCAAUGCUAGGGUUGUGGGUUUGAUUCCCACUGGGUCAGGCUGGUCUCAUAGAUGUAACAUAGUAAAUGAAAAUCCGGGACACUCAAAUUAAUAUGAUAUGUUACGUUUAAUAUGGUUACAUUAAGACAGAAUGUUACUUAAGGCAAAAAUGAAAGGAGGGUGGUUGGUCGCGGUGGAUGGGUAGCCAUAUAAUGCAAAUGUCUAACAACCCAAAGGUUGCAUGUUCGAAACUCCUCACGGCAACUUUAGCAACUACUUACAAAUCUUUUGCUUCUUUGCAACUACUUAGCAUGUCAGCUAACCCUAACCCUAACCCUAACCUUAACCCUUUACCCUAACUCCUAACCCUAACCCUAACCUUAACCACUAAGCCUAACCCCUCGCUAACUUUAAAGUGGUAUAAAAAUGCUUUCAACAGUAAAUUUUCCACCCUUUUUACUUGAACCCCCCCCCCCCCCCCCAAACAGGUACUUGUAUGGCAUACUAGGACAGAGAAGCCUGUCCUGGUGAACGAGGGAAAGAAAGGAUUUACGGACUCCAACGUGGAGAUA